AUGCUGGACGGAAUUUUUUUUGAUGCCCCGGAAGGCAUUACCGAGAUGCAAAUUCUAAGCCAACAGAAACCGACUGCAGCAGUUGACGAGUGGCAAACCAGACCGAAAAAGGAGGAAAAAGAAUUCUCCAAGGACCAGAUGAUGGUUUUUUUCCGGCGGGUCGAGAAGCAAAUAGACCAGAUCGAGCAUUGGCG